AUGUAUUUAUUAUCUAUGGGUGGAAUGAUUGCUUUCACAUUUACUUUGGACCUGGGAAAAAUUUGGAUUCUCUUUCUCAGUGCAGGUGCACUAGGGUUUUUCAUGACCGGUUACUUACCAGUGGGGUUUGAGUUUGCUGUGGAGAUUACGUUUCCCGAACCUGAAGGAACAUCAUCAGGGCUUAUGAAUGCCUCAGCACAGGUUUUUGGGAUCAUUUUCACGAUUGGAAUGCGAACAAUUCUUAAUAAAGCGUCUGUAUUUGCUGCCAACCUAUCAAUAUGUAUUGCUUUACUUAUUGGUUUCGUCUUAACAUGUUUCAUUGGCGCAAAUUAUCGCAGGCAAAAGGCUGAGAUGCAAGUAAGUUUUUGUUUUCUUUCACUUGUGAAUCUGCAAUCAGCCAUGGUUAUUCCAUCCUUGUUAAGUCACAAGAGAAAGUGUUCACCUUCUCUCUCUCUCUCUCUCUCUCUCUCUCUCUCUCACCCUCCCAACUCUGAAAGAGAGAGGGUGUGUCAAACCCAUAACUCUCUCUCUCUCUCUCUCUCUCUCUCUCUCUCUCUCUCUCUCUUCUCUCUCAACUAA